AUGUCGCACAAUGUCCCGCCCCCACCCGCGGACGACGCCGACUCAUUCAUCUCGUCGACUCCCACGUCACCGCCCUUUGGCAAUCUCCAUCGCUCAGUUAGUCGUGGUUCAGCAUGGUCGGCCGCAGACACUCCUGCGCAUCAUAACCAGGGUACUUCCUACUUUCAGCAGCCUUCAUCCCCGACGGCACAAUUCCACCCACCCCCCAUUCUCGUUCGAAACUCAUCGGCUCAUUCCCAUAGACGCCAGGCAAGGAGUCACAGUGUCAGCAGCUCCCAAGCGACGAACCGAGGGUACCGCGACGAUGACGUACUAAGCGAGGAAGAUGAAAACGAAGAGGAGUCAAACGAUGCAGACGAUGAGGAGAGGUUACACAGACAUCGACGGGGUAAGGCCCCUGCAACGUCCCCUGACGAUGAUUCAGGAGAGGGGGACGAAGGCGAAGAGGGGGGCGACAUCGUUACCACCCUCAAAGAGCGCCAGUCCCUCAUCAACGUCCAGCACCCCUUCGGUCUUCCGAUCUGGAAACCUGCACUCUACAAGAAGUCCAGGUCGGUGACGCGUCACGCCGACGAGGCCCUUCACUCAAUCCCAUCUGCGCAGGCAGAGCGCCACCUUCUCCCAGGCAAUCUCUUCUGGGCAGUUAUAUUUGGAUGGUGGCUCGGACUUGUCUGCAUCGCCAUCUCCGUCGUCCUCUGGUUCGUUCCACAAGGAGGAGAGCAUUAUUCAAACCUGGUUCAUGGGUUGGGUUGGUAUUUAUUCUGGCCCUUCGGCAAGUACGUGGAAGGCGACCUUGAGGAAGAAGUUGACCCCAAGGACGAUGAUGAGAGCCCUCAUCCGCGGCGCUGGAGCGACCAUACCGUACGCGGUGCAUCCCCGCAGAGAGAUGCCGAAGGCCCUUUACCCGAGCAUUCCAAUUCCACUCUCACACCGACUAAACUUGCAGCCCGUGUACAGAAUGCUUCAGGUCUCAAUCCUCCUGUCGAAACAACCGCGCUCCUUGGAGAUCAUGUAGCCCACAUCCCCGCCCCCGUCAAAUCAUAUGGCACUGCUCUUCGAACUACAUCAACAGACUCGACCGGCACAGCGAUUGAUAUAUACGCAGAUGAACCCCGAAAGGGCACCUUCAUUGGCAAAGUGUGCUUCUGGCUUGCCCUUAUCUCAAUCAUUGCCCCACUCAUGCUGUUCGUGUGCAUGAUCUGCUGGGCACUCGUGGUCACUAUUCCAAUGGCGAGGCUUAAUUGGGCCCUCUUGAAGAGCCUGUUCAGCAUGCCUACGCAUAUACGCUUUUGUUCUGCUCCGCUCGUUGUAGUUCAGACUGACCAAGAGGUCAAUGGAGAGGAAGAUGCCGAUGGAUCGACCUCAGUUGCCCAGUACUCGGUGAAGCAGCCCAGGUUAUCCGCAGGCCAGGCGGCCCCAUCUGGAUCCCCCAGCUCCACAAUAUUGUUUUGCACGUAUCGCGCAGUUGGCUUCCAAUACUACAAGUACACUAUCGGUGGUGUCAAUAUCCUCUUUAUCAACACCCUCCCCAUCGUUUUUUUCGUUAUCUUUGACGGCUUCGUCCUCCUGCCAUGGGUCGAAAAUCUGGAACACCAUGGACAACAUGUCCCAGCAUUUUUAGCAUUCAUUGCCUCACAAGGACUCAUCUUCAUCCUCAGUCUAACCAGCGUUAUCCCACUGUCGUAUUUCAUCGGGAUGGCUGUCGCCUCGAUUUCGGCUCAGUCGUCCAUUGGAAUGGGUGCUGUUAUCAACGCGACUUUCGGUUCGAUCAUCGAAAUUAUCCUAUACGGCAUUGCACUCUCCCAAGGCAAAGGACACCUCGUGGAAGGAUCUAUCAUUGGAAGCUUACUUGCUGGAGUUCUUCUCAUGCCCGGUAUGAGCAUGUGCAGCGGUGCGUUCAGGCGGAAGGAGCAGAAGUUCAAUGCGAAGAGUGCCAGCGUAACGAGCAUGAUGUUGAUUAUGGCCAUUAUUGGUGCAUUGACACCGACCUUGUUCUAUCAGAUUUAUGGCAAUUUCCAACUGGUUUGCAGCGGUUGCCCUUCGUCGCCAGGUCGCCCCGGAGAUGCUCCAUGGAUCUGCGACCACUGCUACUAUAAACAUCCGGAUCCAGUUGAUGAUCCCUUCUACCAAUCGACUGUCAAAAGUUUGAUGUAUUUCUGUGCAGCAGUUUUGCUUUUUUCCUAUCUCGUUGGUCUUUGGUUUUCUCUGCGGACACACGCAAGUCAGAUCUGGCAAAACCCUCAGCAGUUGCUCCAUCCCAUAGAGUUGCCUUCUCACAACAGGAUGUCCUUCUACAACAAAAUUCUGCAUCCCGGACAAAGCAGCGCUCCAUCGACUGCUAUCCCACAGCCUCCGUCGUUGCACCGCAAACAAAGCAAUUUGAAUAAUGCCAGCAGCACUGGGCCGUCGCGUACCGAGACACCUUUACCGCGAGAGGGGUCUGGAUCCUCCUCUGGCACUGCACACCCAUCCGCAGGGCGUUCCGGUGCACCAGGUUCGCCCACCUUCCACCGUAAGGUAUCGUACGCCAUCUCGCAGCAGCCUAGCUUUGUGCCUGUCAUGGAAAGUGUCGACCACGUCGUCAAAAACACGGAUUUGCGUAGCAUGCGGCUGCCCGAGCAGAUGACCACGGACGACUUCACGCGAGCUGUAGCCGUCGCUACCGUCAGUGCCUUGCGCCAUCAGCAGACACACGGACAGGCCUCUGGAAAGUUGCGAGGUCCGGGUGAACAAGAAGCAACUGGAGGGCACGACGCACCAUCAUGGAGCCGGACGACGAGUGCGAGCGUUCUGCUUGCAUGCACUGCACUCUACGCGAUCAUUGCUGAAUUGCUCGUCGACGUCGUUGAUGUCAUCCUCAAAGGUUCUGGCAUAGAUGAAAAAUUCCUGGGUAUCACACUCUUCGCCCUGGUCCCUAACACGACAGAAUUCAUGAACGCCAUUUCCUUUGCUCUCAAUGGCAACAUCGCCCUGAGCAUGGAAAUUGGUUCGGCCUAUGCUCUCCAAGUCUGUCUCUUGCAAAUUCCGGCUAUGGUGGCAUUCUCUGCUUGGUAUGCUCCCGAAAACAUGGGCGAAGUCGCCAAAACCUUCACCUUGAUUUUCCCUCGCUGGGACGUAAUUGCUCUCAUCCUUUCCAUGUUUUUGAUGACCUACACCUACAUCGAGGCGAAGAGCAACUACCACCGCGGAAGCAUCCUUAUUCUCAGCUACCUCGUUCUCAUCGCCGGCUUCUACUUUGCUCCUCCAACUGCUGUUGACAUCGAUCAAGGCCACAUCAACAGUCUCGAUCUGCAAGAGUUUCCAGGUCUCUCUUUCUUCCAGACUAUAAGGUGGUAUGUUUCAUCCUUAUGGUUAUAA